GCAGGAAGUGACGUCGCCGUGGCUGGCUGCGAAGUUCAGGGCUGGCGCUCUUGCUCAGAGGCGGUUCCCUGGACCCGGAAGUGCGGCUGCAGCAGAGGGAGGCUUCAAGUGGGGUCUGUUUCGCCUCCCGCCUAGCGUGUGUGCAGGAUGCGGCUGGGCGCCGGGACUUUCGCAGCCUGUUGUGUAGCGAUCGAGGUGCUCGGGAUCGCGGUCUUCCUUCGGGGAUUCUUCCCGGCUCCCGUUCGUUCCUCUGCCGGGACCGAACACGGAGCAGAGCCCCCAGCGCCCGAACCCUCAGCUGGAGCCAGUUCUAACUGGACCACGCUCCCACCACCUCUCUUCGGUAAAGUUGUUAUUGUUCUGAUAGAUGCCUUGAGAGAUGAUUUCGUGUUUGGGUCAAAGGGUGUGAAAUUUAUGCCCUACACAACUUAUCUCGUGGAAAAAGGAGCAUCUCACAGUUUUGUGGCUGAAGCAAAGCCACCUACGGUUACUAUGCCUCGAAUCAAGGCCUUGAUGACAGGGAGCCUCCCUGGCUUUGUCGAUGUCCUCAGGAACCUCAAUUCUCCUGCACUGCUGGAAGACAGUGUGAUAAGACAAGCAAAAGCAGCCGGGAAGAGAAUCAUCUUUUAUGGAGAUGAAACCUGGGUUAAAUUGUUCCCAAAGCAUUUUGUGGAAUAUGAUGGAACAACGUCAUUUUUCGUGUCCGAUUACACAGAGGUGGAUAAUAAUGUCACGAGGCAUUUGGAUAAAGUAUUAAAAAGAGGAGAUUGGGACAUGUUAAUCCUCCACUACCUGGGGCUGGACCACAUUGGCCACGUUUCAGGGCCCAGCAGCCCCCUGAUUGGGCGCAAGCUGAGCGAGAUGGACAGCGUGCUGAUGAAAAUCCACACCUCGCUGCUGUCAAAGGAGAGAGAGGUGGCUUUGCCCAGUUUGCUGGUCCUUUGUGGGGACCACGGCAUGUCUGAAACAGGAAGUCACGGGGCCUCUUCCAUGGAGGAAGUGAACACACCUCUGAUUCUAAUCAGUUCUGCGUUUGAAAGGAAACCUGGUGAUGUCCGACAUCCAACGCGUGUCCAGCAGACGGAUGUGGCUGCAACACUGGCAAUAGCACUUGGCUUGCCGAUUCCAAAAGACAGCGUGGGGAGCCUUCUGUUCCCAGUCGUGGAAGGAAAACCCAUGAGAGAGCAGUUGAGAUUUUUACAUCUGAAUACGGUGCAGCUUAGCAAACUGUUGCAAGAGAAUGUCCCGUCAUAUGAAAAAGAUCCUGGAUUUGAGCAGUUUAAAAUGUCAGAAAGAUUGCAUGGGAACUGGAUCAGACUGUACUUGGAGGAGAAGCAAUCAGAAGUCCUGUUGAACCUGGGCUCCAAGGUUCUCAGGCAAUACCUGGAUGCCCUGAAGACGCUGAGCUUGUCCCUGAGCACGCAGGUGGCUCAGUACGACAUGUACUCGAUGAUGGUGGGGACUGUCGUGGUCUUGGAGGUUCUCACCCUGCUGCUGCUCAGUGUCCCUCAGGCACUGCACAGAAAGGCUGAGCUGGAAGUCCCACUGUCAUCUCCUGGAUUUUCUCUGCUCUUUUAUUUGGUGAUCCUGGUUCUUUCGGCCGUUCACGUCAUUGUGUGCACCUCAGCUGAGAGCUCGUGCUACUUCUGUGGCCUCUCGUGGCUGGCGGCAGGUGGGGUGAUGGUGCUGGCCUCGGCGCUGCUCUGUGUGAUUGUGUCCGUUCUGACCAACGUGCUCGUGGGUGGAAAACCCCGAAGGAAGAACCCGGUUCAUCCCAGCUCAAGGUGGUCAGAGCUAGAUCUUCUUAUUCUGUUAGGGACGGUGGGCCACGUCUUGAGCCUGGGUGCCAGCAGCUUCGUGGAGGAGGAGCACCAGACCUGGUACUUCCUUGUAAAUACCCUGUGUCUAGCCCUGAGCCAAGAAACCUACAGAAACUACUUUCUGGGAGAUGACAGCGAGCCUCAGUGUGGCCUCCAUGUGGAACAAGGGCUUGACGGGGUGGCAACAGCAUGGCAGGGUGGGCCUGGCUGUGACGUGCUGGAGCGAGGCAAAGGCCAUGGCAGCCCCCCUCCCUCCGAAGUGCUCCACGGCAGCGAGAAGUGGAUGGUCCUGGCCAGCCCGUGGCUCAUACUGGCCUGCUGCCGGCUGCUGCGCUCCCUAAACCAGACAGGUGUGCAGUGGGCCCACCGGCCCGACCUUGGCCACUGGCUCACCAGCUCUGAUCACAAAGCCGAGCUCUCUGUCCUGGCUGCCGUCUCCCUCCUCGUAGUUUUUGUGUUGGUGCAGAGGGGGUGUUCCCCUGUGUCCAAGGCUGCCCUGGCACUGGGGCUGCUGGGCGUCUACUGCUACCGGGCAGCCAUCGGGAGUGUGCGGUUUCCCUGGCAGCAGGACAGCAAGGACAUUUCCAAGGGUAUCACUGAAGCUCGUUUCGUGUAUGUCUUUGUCCUUGGCAUUCUGUUCACGGGCACCAAAGACUUACUUAAAGCUCAAGUUGUUCCCGCAGACUUCAGAAUCAAGACUGUGGGUUUGUGGGAGAUCCACAGUGGGUUAGUUCUCCUGGCAGCCUUGCUCUUCAGACCACACAAUCUUCCGGUCUUAGCGUUUAGUCUCUUGAUUCAGACUCUGAUGACUAAAUUCAUCUGGAGGCCUCUGAGACACGACGCAGCUGAGGUUACUGUGAUGCAUUAUUGGUUCGGUCAAGCAUUCUUCUAUUUUCAGGGCAACUCCAACAACAUUGCCACUGUGGACAUCUCUGCAGGCUUCGUGGGUUUAGACACCUACGUGGAAAUCCCAGCCGUGUUUCUGACAGCGUUUGGGACGUACGCAGGGCCUCUGCUCUGGGCCAGCCACUUAGUGCACUUCCUGAGCUCGGAAACACACAGCAGCUCAGCACUGAGUCAUGCUUGCUUCUGCUACGCGAUGAUUUGCUCUAUUCCAGUUUCCACAUAUAUCGUCUUGGUGACGUCUCUGCGCUAUCAUUUAUUCAUAUGGAGUGUAUUUUCUCCAAAGCUUCUCUAUGAGGGGAUGCAUCUGCUCAUUACAGCUGCUGUCUGUGUAUUCUUCACAGCAAUGGAUCAAACCAGACUCACACAGUCUUAGACUAAGCUGAACACUGGAAAAAUAAUACAUGCUUAAAGUCUGCUGUUAUUCUAAGAUGGAAGAUGUGAAUUCAACCAAGUUGAUGAAUAGCUGUAACUUCUUUGACUACUGUACCUGAAUUUAGAUUAAGUAGUAAAUAGUUUAAUAAGAGGUCACUUUAAUACACAGUUUGUGUCAUAUUUCCCCUAUUGGGAAUCACUCAAAAAGCUUUUGGACUUUUAAUUUCCUCUGAAUAAGCUAUAGUAUGACCCAGAUAGGUGUGUUUAAGUCAAUGAAUGAAAACGUCCUGGCCUUUGUUAGAGUCCAGGCGCUCUGGAAGGAGGCACCAGGAUUAUCUUAGGGAUCCUACAAACCACUGAGGGCCCCAAGGAGCUUUGGUUUAUGAGGGUUACACGUAUCAGUGUCUAUGGCAUUUGAGAUAAAAACUAAGAUUUUAAAAAUUAGUCAUUUAUAAAGAAUCUAUUGCAUAUUAUUUUGUAACACUUUAAGGAAAUUUAACUGUAUUUUCCAAAACAAAAAAAUUCAGUGAGACCCAGCACUUUGGGAGGCCAGAGUCAGGGGAUCACUUCAGCCCAGGUGAUUGAGAUUGGCCUGGGCAACAUAAUGAGACCCUCAGAUCUCCAAAAACUUCAAAAAUUAGCUGGGCCUGAUGGCACACCCCUGUGGUCCCAGCUACUCAGGUAGCUGAGAAAAGAGGAUUGCUUCAGCCCAGAAGUUCACAGCUGUGGUGAGCCAUGACUGAGCCAUGAUUGUACCAGUGCACUCCAUCCUAGACAACAGAGUGAGACUCUGUCUUUAAAAAAAGAAACAAAAAACAAAUGUGUAAUGAGAAAAAUGGUACUGUUGUACAUGUUUGCAAACCUCUUAAUGUCUGGCUUAAUUGAAGGCAGCUGGAUUCUGUGUUUGACCUGAUGUGAUAUGUGUUAAAAUACAAGAAGAAAAUCGGCCAGGUACAGUGGCCGACACCUGUAAUCCCAGCACUUUGGGAGGCUGAGGCAGGCGGAUCACCUGAGGUCAGAAGUUCAAGACCAGCCUGACCAACAUGGCGAAAACCUAUCUCUACAAAAAUACAAAAAUUAGCUGAGCAUGAUGGUGGGUGCCUGUAAUCCCUUCUGCUUGGGAGGCUGAGGCAGAAUAAUUGCUUGAACCAGGAGGCAUAGGUUGCAGUGAGCGGAGACUGUGCCAUUGUACUCCAGCCUGGGUGACAGAGUGAGACUCCCUCUCAAAAUAAAUUAAUUAAUUUAAAAAAAUAUGUAUAUAUGAAGAAAAUCUGUCUUCAGACAGAUCAGUAGUUGGAAAGAGGAGAAAUAUUUUAAUGUCCUUUUUCUGAUCAUUGUGGAUUUUUUUUUCUUUUUUUUGAGACGGAGUUUUGCUCUUGUUGCUCAGGCUGGAGUGCAAUGGCGCGAUCUCAGCUCACUGCAACCUCCGCCUCCCAGGUUCAAGUGAUUCUCUUGUCUCAGCCUCCCAAGUAUCUGGGAUUACAGGCGUGCACCACCACACCCAGCUAAUUUUGUAUUUUUAGGAGAGACAGGGUUUCUCCAUGUUGGUCAGGCUGGCCUCAAACUCCUGACCUCAAGUGAUCCGCCCGCCUCAGCCUCCCAAAGUGCUGGGAUUACGGGAGUGAGCCACGUCGCCCGGCUGGAUGUUCUUACUUGAUAACACCGGGUCAUUUUUGGUGUCGACACCAAAACUUGACAAGUGACGGUUUUCUUAAGGUUAGUUGGAAAAAAAGAGAAGAAAUGAGUGUAUGUCAGAGCGUGAAAGGCUGCUGAGGAAUGUCUUUGAAUUAAUAGAAUUGCUGUGUAAGAUACCAUCAUUGUGGGGAGCUGGGUGAAGGGUAUAUAGAACUCUGUACUAUUUUUGCAACUUCUUCUGAGUCUUCAACUAUUUCAAAAUAAAAGUUAUUUUGAAAAACGG